CUUGGUGUAUCGGAACGUGAAUUUAUGGAUCAAAUGGGUGUGUAUUUUGUCGGUUUCGUUGGUCAAUAUGGCUAUGAUCGUGUUCUCUCUGUGCUUGGGCGCCACAUGCGUGAUUUUCUCAAUGGCCUCGAUAAUUUACAUGAAUAUUUGAAAUUUUCCUAUCCACGGAUGCGAGCACCCUCCUUCAUAUGUGAAAAUGAAACGAAGCAGGGUCUCACUCUGCACUAUCGUUCGAAGAGACGUGGCUUCGUGUAUUAUACCAUGGGUCAGAUACGAGAAGUUGCCCGCUAUUUCUAUCACAAGGAAAUGCAUAUUGAGCUGGUGCGUGAGGAAAUCCUUUUCGACACUGUCCAUGUCACGUUUCAGUUGACAUUCGAUAAUCGAGCCUUUACAUUGGCCUCCUUGGCCAUGACACGCGAGGAGAAACAUUUGCCAAUUAGUGCCCAUGUGUUAUUUGAGAUAUUUCCAUUCUGUAUUGUUUUUGGUGCCGAUAUGGUGGUACGCAGCAUUGGAAAUUCCUUGAUGGUCAUAUUGCCAGAUUUACUGGGUAAAAAAAUCACAGCAUGGUUCGAUUUAGUGCGUCCAUUGAUUGCCUUUAAAUUUCAAACGAUUUUAAAUCGCACCAACAAUAUCUUUGAAUUGGUAACAGUUGAACCGGUAACAGACCGCCCGGAAAAUCAAAAAUCCAAUGAAAUGUUAUUGCACGAUGAUGGUUCGGAACCGGAGAAAUCGCUGAGGCUAAAGGGUCAAAUGGUUUAUAUGGACAAUUGGCGUAUGAUUAUGUUUUUGGGCACCCCAGUUAUGCCCGAUCUGAAUGCUCUGAUAACAACAGGUCUAUAUAUUAAUGAUUUGUCUAUGCAUGACUUCAGUAGAGAUCUCAUGUUGGCCGGUACUCAACAAUCGGUCGAAUUAAAAUUAGCCCUGGAUCAGGAACAACAAAAGUCAAAGAAACUAGAGGAGUCAAUGCGUAAACUGGACGAGGAAAUGCGUCGCACCGAUGAGCUACUGUAUCAGAUGAUACCGAAACAGGUGGCAGAUCGUUUGAGACGUGGCGAAAAUCCCAUUGACACAUGUGAGAUGUUCGAUUGUGUUUCGAUAUUAUUUUCGGAUGUGGUAACAUUUACGGAAAUCUGUAGUCGCAUUACACCCAUGGAAGUGGUGUCCAUGUUAAAUGCCAUGUACUCGAUAUUUGACACGCUGACGGAACGCAAUCAUGUCUAUAAGGUGGAAACAAUUGGUGAUGCUUAUAUGGUUGUGGCGGGAGCUCCUGAAAAAGAUCCAAAUCAUGCGGAGAAAGUAUGCGACAUGGCCUUAGAUAUGGUGGAUGCCAUAAAAGAUCUGAAAGAUCCCUCAACCGGUCAACAUUUACGUAUACGUGUAGGUGUACAUUCGGGCGCCGUGGUGGCCGGCAUUGUUGGCCUGAAAAUGCCACGCUAUUGUCUCUUUGGAGAUUCGGUAAAUACCGCCUCACGUAUGGAAUCGACAAGUGCCGCCAUGAAGGUACAUAUUUCCGAAUCGACUAAAGAGUUUUUGGGACCCAAUUAUCGGGUAACAGAGCGUGGGGAAAUUGAUGUGAAGGGGAAGGGUACCAUGAAAACCUAUUGGUUGGAUGAACGGGAGAAUCGUAAGCCGUUGCAGUUGUCACCGGCUCAACUGCUGCCUGUUUCGACAUUUGUACCACCACCGACAACACCUGCGGUGAUUAUGGCCAAGCCACCAGCAAGGGCUAUUAUGCCGGCUCCAACAGUAUUACCCAAGGAACGUACCAUGAUACAGGUACCCUCAGCGGCAGCAGCGGCGACCACGACAACUGCCUCAGGUUCCGUUACGGUGGCUACCUCAGCAGCCAAAGUUUCCAGCAAUGCGGAAACUGAAGCGAACAACGCAACCUCGGCAACCGUGGAGGAUCGUAGCCGUAUCUAUUCCCCAGUAACAUUCAAGGAUGUGGCACGUCGCAGUAUUGCCAACUCCCCCGUACGUAGCCUCUAUGGCAGUGCCUCUGCCGGGCUAGGAGAAAAAGGUCGAGAAUCUCGUUCCAAUUCAACGGGUCAUGUCUUUAUGCGCUCACCCAGUGAUGUCUUUGGUAGUUUAAUCUUGGACACUGAAGAAUUCCUUGAAGAUCUACAAAUGUCUCGAAGUUCACUGGCAAAUAAUGCCCAAUGUCCGUGUAGUCCGAUACCACCAUUUCGUAUUGGUAGUGCACCACCGAAACCACGACCCAGCAAUCCAGAUCAAUUUACGCCCGAAGAAUUGGCAGCAAUGGAACAGAUAACACCACCCUCAACAGCACCGGCUCGUGAAACCUCCACGUAUCACAUGAAGAGCUCCACGUCUACGACAAGUUUGAGUAUGGAUAAGCCAGCGACAAAAGUUAGUCGCAUUACACCCAUGGAAGUCGUGUCUAUGCUGAAUGCCAUGUAUUCCAUAUUUGAUACCCUGACGGAACGCAAUCAUGUCUAUAAGGUGGAAACAAUUGGUGAUGCUUAUAUGGUUGUGGCGGGAGCUCCAGAAAAAGAUCCAAAUCAUGCGGAGAAAGUAUGCGACACGGCCUUAGAUAUGGUCGAUGCCAUAAAAGAUCUGAAAGAUCCCUCAACCGGUCAACAUUUACGUAUACGUGUGGGUGUACAUUCGGGCGCCGUGGUGGCCGGCAUUGUUGGCCUGAAAAUGCCACGCUAUUGUCUCUUUGGAGAUUCGGUAAAUACCGCCUCACGUAUGGUGUUACCAUCACAAACAACGACCAUGACGACGACGACAACACCGCGUGUCAAGGAAGUGAAACCUGUAAAUAAGCCCACAACGUGUCCUCAGGCCACCACAACAGCUGCGGCAUCUGGAGCCACACCCAAAACGAAUGUUUUCAGUCGCACCACAUCCAAAGAGUCAAUUUCCAUGAACUCCCCACCACCAAUGCGCUCCAUGUCCGCCCCGCUGCCAAUGUCAAAGGCAGCUCGCAAGGCAUUUCUGGCAGCCAAACAGACCAAGGCCAUUGAGAAAUUGGAUAAAAUGAUUGAAGAGGUACAGGAAAAUGAUGCUCAGCUGAAGGCAUCGCAGAGUGCACGGCUGAAUGAGGUGUUCGGUGAUCGCAUGACUCCCCAGGGUGGUAAUGCGUCCGUGAUGGAUAUGAGUGGCGGUUGUCCACUGUUCUUGCCACCACCUCCACGGCAUAUGGGCAAUUCAAUUUCCGAUUCGAAUAUUUGCAGUCAUGGUCACAGUCAUGGCCAUGCCCCCACCAUACAUCAUGCACCGUGUCACCAUGUCCACGAGCCUUCCUCCAGUAAAUUGUCAACCAGUCAUAGUUUUAGUCAUGCUCGCCAUUCGGCCGCCAUCCAUCCAUGCUGUACGGGAGCCGCAUAUGCCGGACAUUCCGGAAAUGGUCGUCAUUCACAUCGCAUGCACUCGAAUGCCUGUCAGAUACUGUAGAU